AAUGGUGUGUAUCCAGGUGGAACAAUGGGAAGAGAAGAGGGAAAGGGAGAGAAGGUGCUUGUCCUUUAUUUCAAUUGGUUUCAUUUCAACUGGAAACUUUCACCGAACAUGUUUCCUUUCAGCCAACAGGCGGCUCAGUCUGAGACCCCCACAUACUUCACACAGGAAGAGAUCAACAAACUGAAUUCCGAGUUCAAAACGGGCGGUGUGGAAAAGAUUAAACCUCUGCUGGAGAAGAAGGUGAAAGAACUGGACAACACCGAGCUGAACAUCGCCGUGACGGGAGAGACGGGUGCAGGAAAAUCCACCUUCAUCAACGCCAUGAGAGGGCUUCGGAGCACAGAUGUGGGAGCGGCUGCGGUUGGGACCACGGAAACUACAAUGGAGCCAACCGGAUACUCACAUCCCACUCUGCCCAAUGUCCGCUACUGGGACCUGCCGGGGAUCGGAUCUACACAAUUCACCGCGGGUUCUUACCUGAAGGAAAUGCAAUUUAAAAAAUACGAUUUCUUUAUCAUAGUGUCGGCUUGUCGAUUCACAGAGAGUGAUGCAAAUCUUGCCAAGGAGAUUAAGCGGCUGGGGAAGGAGUUCUAUUUUGUCCGCUCUAAGAUUGACGCUGACCUUGAUUCAAUGCGGAGAGAACGGAACAACUUUGAUGAAGAUGUAGAAAUGGAAAAGAUCCGGAGUAACUGCGUCAGUAAAUUGGGAAAGGCCGGGAUCCCUGAUCCCAAUGUGUUCCUGAUAUCCAGUUUCAUGAAGAAUAUGUAUGAUUUCUCUCUGUUAAUGGAAGCACUUGCAGAUGGUUUACCAAGUGUAAAGGAAUCUGUCUUUGUCCUGGCCCUUCCCAACGAUAAUGUGGAGAGUAUUCGGAAGAAAGGCGAGGUGUUGAAGGGACGUAUCUGGAUGUUAGCGAUUAUCGCGGGAGGUGUGGGAGCGAUCCCGGUCCCCGGUCUCUCUACUGCCUGUAACAUUGCGGCCUUGAUUGGAGCGAUAAUCGAAUUCCGUAAAUACCUGUGUCUGGAUGAUGCUGCUCGCAGCAGAUUGGCUAACAGGACAGGCAAGUCCAUGGAAGAGUUGAAUGCCGCAGCACCAUCGCCACUUCUGGGAAAAAUAAAUAGAGAAGUGAUAGUAUGGCUGUGUACAGGCCUUGUUGCUGUGACAGGCAUUGCAGCCGUUCUUUACUCUAUCCCAGGCAUUGGUUCCGUGUUUGGAGCCGGGUCAUCAUCUCUGAUGACCUACUCGAUACUGAAUAAGGCGCUGAAGAUUCUGAUGGGGGUCGCGGAGAAGUUGCUCGCUUUUAUACCAUUCCAAUUACUGUCAACACACACCCUACAGUCACGUGGAUUUAUUGUGUUGAGAGAUAAAACUGCGAUUCGGAGACGCCCGGUCAUUCGCACUCCAGCAAGGCAGCAGCUGACCGCAAGCCCAGAUCUCCGCGACUCCUGGCUCUCCUGCAGAGAGACGAUGGAUUGGUUUCCAGAAUUUACAUUCUUCACUGAGCAAGAAAUGAAAGAGCUGAAGACUGCUUAUGAGCAGGGUGGGCUGAGCAAGUGUGCGACACGGAUCAUGACAAAAUUGAACGAUAUGAAAAAUGCAGAGCUUAACAUCGCUGUGACCGGAGAUCCGGGUGCAGGGAAAUCCACCUUCAUCAACGCCAUGAUGGGGCUGCGGGCCAGCGAUGACGGUGCAGCUAAAACCGGAGUCAAUGAAACCACAAUGGAGCGAACUCCAUACAAACAUCCCACCUUCCCUAAUGUUUGCUUCUGGGACAUGCCGGGGGUUGGAACAACACAGUUUCCAAUGAAGGAUUACGCGAGCAAAAUGGAAUUUACUAGAUACGAUUUUUUCAUAAUAAUCUCAAAUGAUCGAUUCACUGAAAACGAUGCAAAUGUCGCCAAGGAGAUUCAAAACUUGGGGAAGAAGUUCUACUUCGUACGAAGUCAAAUUGACAAUGACAUCGAAUCUUUGAAAAAGCAGGGUAUAGUUUUUGACAGAAAGGAGAAACUUGCUGAGAUAAAACAAAACAUAAGUUGCGGUUUGACCAAAGCGGGGAUUUCAGACCCCAAUAUUUUCCUGAUAUCAAGCCUGUCCUUAAAUGAGUUUGAUUUUCCUCAGUUAAAGGAAACGCUUGUAAAUAAUCUCGAUAGAAUGAAAAAAGAUGUUUUAUUGAUGUCACUUCCAAGCACAACGGUGAAGAUUGUGGAGCAGAAACGAGACCAGUUGAUGAAACGUAUCUGGAUGGUGGCGAUAGUCUCAGGAGCCGUGGGAGCGGUGGCUGUUCCCGGGUUGACUUUCGUCGUUAAUCCCGGGAUAAUAGCCACUGUAAUACUAGAUUUCCGCAAAAGUCUCAGCCUGGAUGAUGCCUCCAUUGAAAGCCUCGCCAAUAUAGCAAAUAAAUCAGUGGAAUUUCUGAAAGCAGAAGUGAAAACCCCUCUGAUGGGUGAAGUGAAUAACGCGCUUGUGCACCAAAUGUUUGGGCGUUCCAGUUUUUUUGUGGAAGUGGUCCAAAGCAUGCUACCAGUCAUAGGCUCCAUCUUCGGGGCAGUAUCGUCAUAUAGAAUGACUUCCAAGCUGCUGACUGACGCACUGAAUGAACUUGUGGACAAUGCCCAGAGAGUGGUGAAAGUUGCAUUUGCCACUGACCCUGGUCAUCCACAAUAAAGAAUCCGCUACUGAGUUGCUGCAAGUCAUCGCGGAUACGGGAAUGGAAAAUAAAUAUCAUCUUUCACAUCUUCAUUAAAUUCCAAAUUAUUUCACAGCUGAUGAAUUAUUUUAAAAGCUGUUGUCACUGCUGUAAUCUUCACAACCAAUUCACUACAAACACCUUAACCGCAUCAACCCGCCGGAGAACAGAAGAUAACUCUCCCGGGGAGACUCAGUGUGACGUUGCCACCGCGUUCAACAAGCUCUCACCAAUGAAACCAUAUCAACAUCUAGUCAAACCUCCAAGGGGCUCGACUGUUUCACAAAGACGACAUCUUCUUCCAGUCUCCAACGAAUACAAAUCUAACUUCUUCAGUCUUACAUGAGAAGAUGAUCUUCUGAUCCCAGUGGGCUGAGUGUGUUGUCAUGUUCUGUACACUUGGCCAACUAAAACUAUGCACAACAUUCUAGAUAUUCUAGUUACAAUUAUGGCAACAUUUCCCUAUUUCUAAACUCCAACCCCAUUGCAAUAAAAGCCAACAUGUCGUUAGCAUUCUUAACCUCUUGUUUCACCGACCCACUAGUCACUUGUACCUCAUGGAUACAAACAUCUUCAUAUUUAUGUGUCUCCUUUAUCUACAGACUUUCUCCAUUUAGAUCACACCCGGCUUUAGAUUCCUCCUAUCCAAAUGUAUGGCCUCACAAUUUCCUGCGUUAAACUCCAUUUUCUAAUUUACUAAAUUUAAUCGAGGAAUUUGGUUCUUUUUCUGGAUAUAGAAUAAACUGGAACAAAAGUGAAAUUAUGUCACUAAAGCCGCAGAAAGCGAAUCGUCUAUUAAAAUUUCCAUUUAAAAUUGCAACGGAAAAAUUCAAGUAUCUGGGUAUGCAAGUUACUAGAAGACAUAAAUCAUUAUUUAACGCUAAUUUUACACCAUUAUUAAAUAUAUUGAAUGCUCUGAUUAAAUUUUGGAAAACGCUCCCAUUAUCAUUGAUUGGCAGAAUGAACGCUAUAAAAAUGAUAGUUCUACCACAAAUAAUAUAUUUAUUUCAAUCCAUACCAAUAUAUAUACCAAAACAUUUAUUUUUAAAUUAGACUCUAAUAUUACCAAUUUUAUCUGAGACUGUAAAGCACAUAGAAUUAAAAGAAACCGCAUAUGCAAACCCAAAGACGUAGGGGGACUUGCACUGCCUAAUUUUUUAUAUUAUUAUUGGGCAGUGCAUAUUAAGAAUGUAAUUUAUUGGUUGGAUAGUCCUUCUCAACAGAUGGAAUGGAUAAGAAUGGAGAAAGAGGAUUGUUCUCCGUACGAUUUGGGAGCGAUCCUCUUCUCCCUGAUAAAAUUGAACAAUACAUUAUAUAAGAAGAAUCCAAUUAUACAUAAUAUAAGACGAAUUUGGAAACUAAUAAAAUUAACUUUAAAAUUACGAAACUUAUCAGCACUAACACCCAUAGUGAAUAACCCGGUAUUUAAACCAUCUCUUAUGGAUAAAACAUAUAGACAAUGGGAAAGAUUGGGAAUUUAAAAGGUAGGUGACUUGUAUGAAAUGGAAAAUUUAUUAUCAUUUCAACAAUUAAAAUCAAAAUUUAAUCUGAAUAACAACCAAUACUUUAAAUAUUUACAGAUAUGUGACUUUAUGAAGAAAUAUAUACCAAGAUUUCAGAACAUAAUGAUAGACCCACUGGAAGAAGCAAUGAAUAUUAAGGUGGACUCACAAAAAUUAAUAUCAUA